AAGAGAGAAACAGAGGAGGAAGAAGAAGAAGAAGAGAGAGAGAGAGAGAGAGAGAGAGAGAGUGCAACAAAUUGCUUUGGGUUUGCUACUUUGCAUAUUUUUGUUCUCUCUGCCUUUUUUUUUUUUGCCUUCUCCACUUUUUAUCUGUACCUUUACUUUCUUCUUUGUUGUUCUUCAUCUUCUUCGUCUUCUUGUUCUUCUUCUUCUGCUCGUUCUUCUUCUGGGUUUAUAUCGGCAACCUCUAUCUUUCGGCGUCGCCACCUCUCUCAGCUCCACGCGCGGGCGCGUGCAGAGGGAGCUCGUUGAGCUUCAGCAAUGGCGGACAUAACCCACCCUCCAAUGGAUCAGCUCCAGGACCUCGAGUACUGCAUCGACUCCAACCCUCCUUGGGUGGAAACCAUCUUGCUGGCAUUCCAAAAUUACAUCCUGAUGCUGGGAACCAGUGUAAUGAUUCCUUCCAUGCUUGUCCCCAUAAUGGGCGGGAGCGAUGGCGACAAGGCACGUGUAAUACAAACAUUGCUCUUUGUAGCUGGCAUUAACACACUUCUCCAAGCACUGUUUGGAACCAGGUUACCUGCGGUAGUUGGAGGCUCCUUUGCUUAUGUGAUUCCAAUAGUGUACAUCAUAGGUGACUCAUCACUUCAGAAGAUUGAUGAUUCUCAUGAAAGAUUUAUACAAACAAUGCGGGCUAUCCAAGGAGCUCUUAUUGUAGCUUCGAGCAUACAAAUCAUCUUGGGCUACAGCCAAGUCUGGGGUCUAUUUUCACGAUUUUUCAGUCCUCUUGGCGUGGCUCCUGUGGUUGGAUUAGUUGGUCUCGGAUUGUUCCAACGAGGUUUUCCGGCCCUGGGCAAUUGUGUGGAAAUUGGAAUUCCUAUGCUUCUGCUAGUCAUUGGAUUAUCACAGUAUCUAAAGCACGUGAGACCAAUAAGAGACAUCCCCAUUUUCGAGAGGUUUCCUGUGCUGAUCUGUGUCGCCAUUGUCUGGAUCUAUGCCCUUAUCUUGACUGCCAGCGGGGCUUACAGAGACAAGCCUACUCUUACUCAACGCAGUUGCCGUACAGAUAGGGCUAAUCUCAUAUCUACUGCCCCAUGGUUCAAGUUUCCAUAUCCUUUGCAGUGGGGUCCGCCCACUUUUUCAGCUGGUCAUGCAUUCGCCAUGAUGUCUCCUGUCCUUGUUUCAAUGGUUGAGUCAACUGGGGCUUACAAAGCAGCAUCUCGAUUAGCGAUUGCAACUCCCCCUCCUGCAUAUGUACUUAGCCGAGGCAUUGGGUGGCAGGGAAUAGGGAUCUUGCUCGAUGGUCUUUUUGGAACAGGCACGGGCUCCACUGUUUCUGUGGAAAAUGUGGGACUCCUAGGACUUACCCGAGUUGGGAGCCGGAGAGUGGUCCAGAUAUCUGCUGGCUUCAUGAUAUUCUUCUCCACCUUAGGAAAGUUCGGAGCCGUAUUUGCAUCUAUUCCCUUCCCAAUAUUUGCCGCCUUGUAUUGUCUUCUCUUUGGCCUUGUAGCAUCUGUUGGACUAUCCUUCCUUCAAUUCACAAACAUGAACUCGAUGAGGAACCUUAUCAUCACGGGGCUGUCGCUGUUUCUCGGAAUAUCCAUUCCACAGUUCUUCAAUGAAUACUGGAUUCCUUCUCGACAGGGCCUCGUGCACACUAGAGCUGGUUGGUUCAAUGCUUUCCUGAACGCGAUAUUCUCAUCACCACCAACUGUGGGUCUGAUCGUCGCGGUCUUCCUAGACAACACCUUGGAAGUGGAAAAAUCAAAGAAAGAUCGGGGAAUGCCCUGGUGGGUAAAGUUCCGAACAUUCCGAGGCGACAACAGGAACGAAGAAUUCUACACGCUGCCAUUCAAUCUCAACAGAUUCUUCCCGCCGACAUAGGAAAGUCGAUCCGCUAGGCACAGAGAAAAUCCAAAUCCAAUAUUAUUUUUGCUCGUGACUUAGGAGUGCAAAUCGGUCCUCUGUGUGGAUGAUGAUGAGUACAGUUUGUUUAGAGCUUGAAUCUUUGAGGAUCAGCAGACUGCUGCUUUCAUUAGCAAAUGCUAAUCUUGCUAAUCUGUCCCUGAGGCACAGCUUUAUCGUAUUUUCCCAAUCCUUAAUUAUUUUUGGAGGCCAUUUUGUAGAACGGUUAUUGAAACAGAGAAUUUGUCCAACUUCCCAGUGUAAAUGCAAUAAAAUUCAUUCGUCAUUU